GCAAAAGCGGAUUGCCGAUGCCCCCACCCUCCUCCAGUAUGGGAGCAGCUGCUCCUCCUGCUUCGUAUGAACCUGUACUAGCUGCACCUGCUGGGACACGACCAGAGGAGCAAGCACAAGCUGGAAAAGCGGAAAUGCUCAACAACUUGAUGUUGAUGAAGGGGAAGGGCAAAAUGCAGCUGUUAAAGAACGGUAAAAUAAAAGGUCUUGGACCACGACCAGCGUCUUCUUUUAUCCCCUCUGAAGUGGUCUCACCCAUCUCACAGCAAAGCGAUCAAUUUUCACCAGCAGAACGGGUCAACUCACAAUCACAACAAGGUCAAGGUGGACUUGUGGAGCUUACCCCACAUGGUCGUGGUCCACGACAACUAGAUCAACUACAGCCUCCACCCAUCUCCUUAUUACCUCCUCCACUACAGCCGCCUCCUUUCCCGCCUAAUUUUAAGGGUCGUUUUCACCAAAUUCUUGCAUCCUUCAACACGACCAUUCUUGAUUUAUACUUGCCAAUACAUAGGAGGAAAGACCACGUCAAGGAUGAUCUGAAGAAUGUACUUAUAAUUGCGCAAGAACCUCUAAUAAUCUCUCUUCACCAGGUGGAGGUGGUGGAAAGAGUCAAGAGGGCUCGCAUCGAUUGAGCUUUGUCGAGGACUACGAGGUGGAUUAUGAGCUUGAUAUAGAUGAACAAGAGGCCUUGUAUCAAGCAACACCUGGUGUGCGUGUGGCGUCUUCUUCAAUUUCCGUUUCUGCUUCGUGUGCAGGAGCAGCAGGAUCACCGGCACCCGAUGAUCCAAGAAGACUUACUGGUAGACUUUCCGGAGAUACAACUGGUUCAGCAUAUGAAGGUACUCGGCUUGUGAGGUUGAGUUCUCUGAGAAGGUCUAGUAGUACAACUAGUAGUGCUGAUGCUGGGUUUGAUCUUGAUGAUAAUCCUCGUACUUCUUCUAGCAGGCGUCUUCUUCAUGGACAAGCUGCAGGAGGCUUUGAGCCAUUGUGUGCCAGUCUGUGUGCGUCGACUCGGAACAGCGUCGCUUCCUUUGGCGACGCAGUUGAGGAGAUGCACACCAACUACAUGGGCAGUUCUCCCCUGCAGUUCGAAGGGGCGCACACCAUGCCAGCACCAACGGCUCAAGAAGCUGAAGACGCAGCGGAACGGCGACAAAAGCCUGUUUUCCUUCUCACUCAUCCUUUCCCAGUGAUCCGAGUGAUGCGACACAAACCCAAGCUUCGCGACUCAGCCGGAAAACCGCUAACCGAUAAGGAGACUGGCGAAACCAUUCUAGGAAGAGAAGAGUGGUUUUCUGUCGACAAUCGCCGAUUACUUUGUCUUCAGAGACGAGCUGUGCUAUAUGAGGAAUUGUUCGACGUCGAGUGCGUCUGUAUGUGCGUAGAAAUGUUGGACGACACGCAUCACAAGGAGAUCAAGAAAUUCCGAACACGCACAAACGGUGAGACGGUAGAGAUUGGCUUCUACAAGGGACACGGUCGAGCAAAUGUGCAGAGGAAGAUGGGUGGUCCGGCGGAUGAUCAAAAUGGCGAAGGAGCUAAUGCUGGCGAAGAGGAGAUGUACUGGGAUCCGACUGGAGGUCCGAAUGGGCAAGGCGCUUAUAAGAAGGCUUCUGAAAUCGUAAUCGGCGCCAACAACAACUUGUGGGAUUCUCAACAGGCUAGAGACUUCGUCCGAAGCUGGAGGCUGAGGAAUGAACAGCAGCUGAAGGAAGGAGGCGGAUCGCCGGAGAAGUACUUGUUGCAAUUUGAAAUGUAUUUUUCGUCUAGGAGUAGGAAGAAAAAUUCACAGUUCUUGGUACAAAAUGAGGUUCAUUCGAGAAAACCUAAUAUAAUUACGCUUUUUCCUGCACAACUGAGUAUACUCUUUUCUUUGCCGACUGGAAAUAUGAUACGACUCCCUUGAGGAUCACUUAUACAUAGGUACGAGCUUGCCCGUUUUCCCCAACUACUCGAUUGUGUGCAUUUUGACUGCGGUCUAUGGGAAUAUCGCAUUGGGGACAAGGAGUUUGGACCCUUUUCGAAUAAGCAAAUGAAAAGCUGGUUCGAUCUGGGAAAAUUGCCGAAUAAUUUGCCGGUCAGACGGAAAUUGCAUGAGAAGAUUUUGAGAACAGUUCCGAGGCACGAGAGGCAGGGAGCAGAGUACUACUAACUUUCUUUCUCCGCUUGUCGAUUGCCUUUGUAUUUUCUUCGAAGUAGGAUCAAUCAAAGGUCGUUUCCGCCGUCGCUUAUUAACCUGACACCUUGAUGAAGACCUUACUUUAUUCUUAUCGUCCAAUGAAAUCAUAUCUCGUCCAAUGAAAUCAUAUCCGUAUUCAUCAUCACAGGCAAUACGUCCUCGUUGGGCAGUGUGGUGGCUUCAAGAGGCUUAUUCCCUACGAUGAUCCAUUCCUUUGCUCCGUGAGUGAGGACGACAGCAAGCAGUUCGAAGGCGUGGGGUUCAACCUUGGUGCUGCGUAUAAUUAAGGCUCACGACGACCUCUGUCAGAUAAUCCAUCUUGCUUCUGAAGCAUCUUAGAUGGGGAAUGUGCCAUCUCAUAAAUUAUACAUGUUCAUUUCUUAUCCUUUCCCACUUCCAAAUAGCCAAGAUCGACUAGUAGAUAGAUAAGGGGAAAACUAAUGCCAUAGGUCCAACAAGAUGAAUGCCUAUCCCGCGAUGGAAUAGGAUGAGCUCUAAUAUAAACAAAGACAGCUGCGAGAUAAGAGCCUCCAAGAGCAAGAAGACGAAGGUCGUGGAGAAGAUGGUCGUGGUAGGAGGAAUCGCGAUGAAGGCUACUACUACCAGGAGUAUGACGAAGGGUAUGAUCGUAGUCAUCGACGUGAAAGGCGAGGAGGCGACCGAGAACGACGCAGAGAACAGAGGGGUUACGAAGAUUACUAUGUUGGCGACUACUACUACGAAGAAGGUGGACAGGGCGACUACGUCGAGUAUGAAGGACGACGAAAUAGGGAUCGGCACCAGAACGGAGGAGAAAGCAGGACGCGACGUCGAGAUGGAACAAAUAUAAAUACUCCUAGAGUAGACGACGACCACUACGAGCAGGAGUACAGCGGACGCCAUGGCUAUCAUGAUAGGCAGUACUCACGCGAGCAUACGAGGCUUGAUCGUGAACAGCAAUAUGAUCGUGACGGCUAUGCUAUUUACGAUGAUGCUUACUAUACUGAACGUCAGCACACCAGGGAGGGACGCGAUGAACAAUUCUACGACAACGGAAGAGGUGGCAGGGCACAAAGAGAUAGAGGACAAAGGGUAAGGGAUAGAGGACAAAGAGCAGGUGGCCGCGACGACUACAAUUAUGAUCACCUCCAAGACGGAGGAGGCAACGGGCGGUCAGGUGUCAGAUCUAGUCCGCGUGAAAAUGAGACAAGGACAAGGACUAGGCAAAGAGCUGCCGCGAACGAUCGUUAUUAUGCCGACUACGAGGGUGGUCAAUACUAUGAGGAAGAGUAUCAUGCAGAUCGUAGAGGUGUAGGCAAUGACCUGGAAGAACGCGUUCAGAACAACCGAGAAGAGCAGAACAGAGGGGCGCACCAGAAGGAACACCAUAAUGCAAAAGGUAUUAAGAAGGGAAACCAAAACCAGGCUCCUCCGCCUUACCAUCACGACAAACAGCGAAGCAUCAACAAUCACAGAGCACACCACCAUCAGGGGACAGGAAAUAAACAACAGGGAAAGAGGUCAAGCUGAAGGUACUUACACGUACUAGAAGAAAGCGGUUUUUUUAAGCAGUCUCGGGGGAAGGUAAUGAAGGUAGAGGAAGCUAAUGAAGCUACAACUGUGCAAGCUUUUUUAAGCAGUAUAGAAGACUGAUGAAGAUGCAGCACGUAGAAGAGAGCUCCUCUUUUAGGCAGCACCAUAGAAGGCAACAUAGAUUUUUUUGACCUUUGAUCUUCCUGGAGACGGUGCUUGCCGUAAGGUGGUGCAUGCCGUACGUUGGAUCGACUAGUAGUAGUAGCAACAAUAGUACUAGUACCAGCGAGGACAGUGCAUGAACAUGAAGGAGGCAUUGUUUUUACUACCUUGAUGUUUACUGUUGACGUAGCAGUUUUGAUUUUUUCGGAAGUACAACGAACGACCAAGCAGUACUACUAGUUGUGGUAGCGCCGUUGUAAAACAAGCAGACCAAGAAUAGACUGAGUCGACUUGUACUCGUUGAAAGACUUUUUAAUUGACAGAGGACUUUUUAUUGACCGGAUGUUGACCAAGACCAUAUCUUCGUCAUGGUUAUGGUUUCCUUAUCCUUUACCUUUUCCACUUCCAAAUACCCGUUCUCAGUGUAUGAUAAGUGUUUAUGCUGGCACAUUCCCCGUCCUCUUCUCUUCCUUGCUUGUCCUCUUUGGAAGCACCAAGUGGGCAAUGAGUUACUUACUUACACCUGAUUCAUCGUGUGCAGAAGUCCUGGAGAUUCUCAUUCUCUGUGUGGGUUUGGAGCACCGCGAUUUAUCCCACGACACACGACCACCCUCGUCACCCACCUAAGAAUUCUUUUAAUUUUUUUGAAAAUUCCUACAACAGGAGAUUGAUUUUAGAAUGUCUAAAACACAGGAUGCUCAACGAGAAUUUGGAUUUCCAUUACAGCUUCUGCAUGUUCAUUGUGUGAAAGUGAAUCCUAUAUAUGUCCCAGGGAGGCGACUUUCGUUUUGACUAGCGGGUUUUCCUAUUCAACACGACAAGAGUACAACUGCAGGACUAGUACCUAUAUGCUGCUGAAACUGAAUUCAAACGCAUUCGUAUGUGGUUU